AUGUGCUGCAUGAAGUGGUCGUGGGAAGGCACGGGUUCUGCGAACCAGUUCCGAUGCGCUGCGCAGGCGGGCGGACAGCUGGACGAGUUCGGAAGUGCUACGCGGGUGGACUUGAGGACCGUCUUCCACCUGCACCCGCUGCCCCAUGCCAAGUUGUGGCGCCCGCGCGUGCUCGAAAGGGCCCCUGCGCUCGCGCACGUCCACGGCCACUGGUUCAUGAUUUGCGCCGCCAUCCCUCGCAUGGGCCUCGCCACCGAGGGCCCCGGCUCCUCGCCGACCUCCGCCGUGUCGUUCGGCCAGGACGCAGGGGCCGGGAAGAGUGGCCGCAGGCGCGGCAAGAGGAGUGAGGCAGCGAUCGAGACCAGGCGCAAGGCCCUCCAGUUCAAGCACGACUUGAGGGAGACGGGCAACAAGCUCCGAGACCUCGCACAUAUCGAGGACCAUCCCUCGGAGAACUCAUCGGACGCCAUUGAGGAGGCGCAGAAGGAGGUCCUAGGCAGGAUCACGGACCUUGAGCGCACGAGGCAGCAGAUAGCUGAGAGCCGGGUUCGGCAGCAGUUCGAACUGCUGAGGCAGGAGUUCGCAGCGCAGAUGAGCCAGGCAGCCGACGAGAUGAGGAGGCUGGAGAGCGAGAAUCAGCGGCUUCAGCAGCAGGUGGCAGGAGGCCUCGCGGCAAUCCCGCGGGCGAUCGAGCGGAUGGGCGAGCAGAUCCGGGGCGCGUCGAGUAUGGGCACAGCCGCUCACGGUCUCGUCGACACGAAAGGGAUUGGCAAGCCCACGACGAUGGGCGACGAUCAAGAGAAGUUCGGCGCUUGGAAUCGCAAGAUGGAGAACUACGUGAUCGGCGUGUACGGAGAGAGUUUUCGUCCCGUUCUUCGGUGGGCUGCAGAAGCCGAACGCCCCGUGACGAUCGCGGGGGCUCAGGCGGCGCACGACGGAGUGCCAGAGCUGGAGACAAAGGUCAACCAGCUGUACGCGGCGCUGAUCAGCACGACGGCGGACGGGAGCGAGAGCAACGACCUCGUGACGGGCGCUCCCGAUGGGAACGGUCUCGAAGCCUGGCGGAAGCUCCACCGCAGGUGGGAUCCGACGACAGGUCCGAGGAAGAGGCUGAUCCUGAGGUCGAUCAUCUCGCCUCCGAAGUGCAGCGCGGACGAGCUGGGAUCCGCCUUAGAGAAGUGGAUCCAGCAGAUAGGCAGGUACGAACGCCGCCAAGGAGAAGAUGGUCUAGCCGAGCUGCCGGAGGAUAUCAAGAUGGCGGCUCUCGAGAUGCUCGUGCCUCAGGACAUCGAGAACCACCUCGUCCUCAACAAGCAUCGGCUCGUCACGUUCCAAGACAGUCUGAACGAGGUGAUGACGAUCGUGGAGGCUCGGACCGGCGUGAAGAUCAAGGAGCCGUCGAUCCGCGCGAGGGCGCAUCAUCCGGACGACAUGGACGUCGGGUCAUUCGGAGCCCCGAAGGGCAAAGGCAAAGGCAAGGGCAAGGACGGCAAGAGCAAAGGGAAAGGCAAGACUCAGGAGCCGAAGGGGAAGAGCAAAUCGACGAACGGAUCAUACUCAGGGCACACGGCACCUCGAAACACCAGCGGGCGCUUCGACGGCUACUGUCGGAACUGCGAGAGAUGGGGCCACAAGGCAUCCGACUGCUGGAAGAAAGAGCAGGGAUCGAGUUCGAGGGCUGGAACUGGAUCCGCAACGGGGGCAAGCGCUGGUGGUAAAGCCGGUAGCCGCGGCGGCAAGGCCGGCGGCAAGGCGGCAGGCAGCCUGGAGGAGGAGCCUGAAGCGGAGGUCGCCGCUCUGGACAUGGGCAGCCUGGACUGCCUGGAGCUCGCCAGCGGCAGCGGCCGCGGCGUGGUCGAUCUCUCCCCCUUCGCGCAGGACGACUGGAUGAAGUUCAACUGGGACAGCGGUGCAGCUAUCUCAGCAUUCCCUCGGAGCUUCGCGCCGCCGACGGGAAUGAAGGGCAACGGCAGCACGUAUCGUACGGCCAGUGGUGAGCUCGUCCCGGACGAGGGCAGCUUGCAGCUCAAGGCGGAGGACGAGUACGGAGUGCUACGAGCGCUCAAGGGACGCGUGACGAACGUGCACAAGCCGUUGAUCUCGGUGGGGCAGGCAGCAGGAGCUGGACAGUGUUCAUUCCUGGGCCGCAAUGGCGGCUGGAUAUUCCACGAGAAGAGCCCAAUCGGCAAGCGCGUGGUAGGCAUGCUCGAGAAGGAGGCGAAGGCGGCGAAGCACCAGAUGCUGCCGGUCUAUCGCGAGCAGGGCGUCUACAACUUCUACCUCAAGAAGGGCCAACAUGGCUCGGUUGCUCCUCUCGAGGAGGGACUUUCGGCGAAGUCAAAGUCCGAGCUGGUGGAGCUCCUCAGCGGCAAGUCGAAGGAGGAGCUGCUGGAGAUCCUCGAGAAGACAGACGACGAGACAGCGGUGCCGGUGGUCUCGUCCGACUACGCCUUCAUGGGCCAGGACGACGCGGACACCAUGCCGAUGCUGGUCCUUAGGGAUCGGCGCUCGAAGAUGAUGGCGGCGACAUUCGUGGAGAAGAAGGGCGACGACGCCUACGCCAUCAAGUUCUUCGCACGCUUCUUGCGGAUCCUGGGCUACAGGAAGAUCGUCAACAAGUCCGACGGCGAGCCAGCGAUCCUGCUGGUCAAGAGGCGUGCGGUGGAGGAGGUUCCUGGCCUCGAGGCCAUUCCCCAGGAGUCGGCACCGGCCGAUCAUCAGGCCAAUGGGGAGAUUGAGGUCACGGUGCGCGAGAUCAAGAAGCAGGUGCGGGCGCUCAAGAUGGACCUGGAGUCCAAGCUGGGCAUCAAGGUGGAGGACAAGCACCCGGUGCUGGCGCACCUGCCGGAGCACGCCGCAUCGGUAAUCAACCGAUACCGGCGCGGCCAGGACGGCAAGACCGCUCUUCAGCGGCUCACGGGACGGCAGUGGAGGAAGCCGGCCCCGCUCUUCGGCGAACGCUUGAUGGCGCGCUUCGCCGGGGAGCGCGCGAGGAAGAACGCGCUGGAGGAGCAGAUGGUGGAGGCUCGCUACAUCGGCCACCACCCGCGCGACGGCUCGAUGAUGGUCAUCACGAGCGACGGCGUGAAGAAGGCGGUCGGCUUCCGCAGCCUGCCGCAGAGCGAGAAGUGGAUCACGGCGGGCUGGGAUGGCCUGAAGGGCCUGCCGUGGGACGUGGCUCCGCGUGCGGCAAGCGCGCCGCGGGCCAUCGUCGGACCUGGAGAGGUCGGUCCGCCACCAAUUGUGGUGGUGUCGCCGCAGCCGCAGGCGCCGAGGAGGAUGUACGUCCUCAAGGCGGACAUCGAGCGGCUGGGCGCAACGCCGGGAUGCCCAGGGUGCAUCUCGAUCGCUCGGCACGGCCGGGUGCUGGCUGGCCACGCGCACAACGCGGUGUGCAGCAAGAGGAUCUUCGAAGCGCUGGACGCGGAGGAGGCAGGCCGGGAGAGGACCGGCCAGUAUCGAGAGCGGAGGCAGGGCCAAGAGGCCAGAGUCCGACCAGCGGCAUCGGCCGCGGCAGGGACCCCUCCGCCGAAGACGGCUCGGAGGACCACCGAGCCGGUUGCAGCGGCGGCAGCGGCAUCGGCCGCGCCGGCCGCGACCCGCUCGGCAGCAGCGCCAGCCGUGGCAGCCACGGCGGCGCGCCUGCGAGAGAGCCAGCCGGUAGCACCGGGCUUCGGCGUGGCGGCUCCUUCAGGAGGAGCGAGCUCCAGUUCGGGAGCGGCGCGAGCGGCAGAGGCCGCCGCGGAUGUCGACAUGACCGCGGCCAGGUCGCGGCUGAAGCGCAUGGCAGAGGUGGCCCCGGAUGACGUACCGGAGGCCCUCGAGCGCGGUGAUCCACAGCCGGCAGACGUGCCGGUACCGGUGGACAUGGAGGAUCUCGCGGCGCAGCCGGCGCCGGCGGAAGGACCUCAGCUGCCAGCUGGAGUGGCAGUCGUGUGGAACGCCAGUGAGGGGAGGCACAUGCGGGUGCUCGCCCUCGAUGUGGCGUCGAUCGAGCUGGUUGAGCUCGGAGUGCUGACGAGAGCGAAGGCGGAGUUGCUCCCGCUCGUUCGCGAACAGGUCAGUGGCCAUUGGGCCAGCGCCGGCGUGGACAUCGCCGACGAGGAGGUGGACAGCAUCGCCCUAUCGGCGUUGCAGCUGGGCGCCGUGGACGUGGCCGAGGUGUACUCGCCACAUCGGUUCUCGGCUCGGGCAGCGGAAUUUCAGCUGCGCCCGGGCUUCGCGGCGGACCUGGAGGAACUCAAGGAGGACGGGACGCCGUGGGACUUGCGGCGCCCCGAAGAUGUCAAGGAGCUCGAGAAGCAGCAGGAGCGGAUGGAUCCCAUCCUGCUCACGGGGUCCCCUCCAUGCGAGAAGUUCAGCUUGCUGAGGGGCCUGAGCGCCAAGUUCAGGACCGAUGAGCAGGAGGCGGCUGAGAUGGAGGAGGCCAGACACCACCUGAAGGUGGCAGUCGACGCCUACUGGCGUCAGCUCAGGAAGCCAGGCAGGUACUUCUUGCAUGAGCAUCCCUGGAGCGCGCGAUCGUGGAAUGAGGACAUCGUCAAGGAGCUGGUCGCGCAUCCAGGAGUCUUCACGGUCAAAGGCCCCAUGUGUCGGUGGGGCAUGAAGCUCGCGAACCCCCGCAAUGGCCAGGAGGGGUUCGUGCGCAAGGAGACCGGAUGGGUCACCAACCAUCCAGGCCUAGCCCGGAGGCUGCAGGGCACUUGCAGCAAUGUGGACGGCCGCGCGGAAUGGCAUCGCCACAUCACGCUCGUGGGCGGCAUCGCGCGGUUCGCGAAGGUCUAUCCACCGAAGUUGGUGGAGGCGGUGCUGGAGGAGCUCAAGGACACGCUGAAUGACGUGGGAGAGCUCAGCACCGCCCAGGUGCAGCAGUCGGGCCCAGUCCCUGUGGACGCGGCAGUGCCGCCCGGGGACUGGACGAGUUACUGGGACGACGUCAAUGGCGGCUACCUGGAGGCGGGCCUUGUGGCCCAGGCUCGCGCGGUCGAGCGCGAGUGGGUCAAGAAGCAGGAGCUGAUCGAGAUCGUCCCGAGGUCUCAGGCUUUCGCCGAGACUGGGCGUCCGCCCAUCCCACUCAAGUGGGUCGACACGAACAAGGGUGACGCGGAGAGGCCCAACUACAGGAGCAGGCUCGUCGUGAAGGAGAUCAAGGCGAAGAAGCGCCCUGACGAGCAGCUGGAGGCGUCCGAGGUCUUCUCGGCCAUGCCUCCUCUGGAGGCCAUGCGGUCGCUGGUCUCGCUGAUGGUCACGUGGACGCGGGAACCACCGCUCCACAUUCAGGAGUCGCUUCGCAAGAAGGGCAGGAAGCCGGGCAACUUCAAGAUCGGCUUCUUCGACAUCAGCAGGGCGCACUUCUACGGGAAGGCGCAGCGGAGGAUCUUCGUGGAGCUGGAGGAGGAGAGUCGCAAGGAGUACGGCGAGGACAAGUGCGGCCUACUCCUCAAGUCCUGGUACGGCACGCAGGACGCCAGCAAGAUCUGGCAGGGCGACUACACGGAGCUGCUGGAGGAAAACGGCUACAAGGCGGGCGUGUCGUGCCCAGCGGUCUUCUACAAGGAGGUGGACGAGACGAGGCUGCUGGGGCACGGCGACGACUUCGCGGUGCUGGCUCAGCAGCAGGACAUCGACAGCUUCGAGGCCACGCUGGGCAAGAAGUACGAGUUCAAGAAGACUGCGAACCUAGGCUUCGACGAGGGCGAUGACAAGCAGGCGGUCUUCCUGAAUCGGGUCAUCGAGGUCAGUGCGGGAGUUCCGCCUGGCGGUGGCCGGCCCUGCCGGCAUGCGAUGAUCGAGCCGGACAAGCGGCACGCGGAGAUCGUGAUCGACGAGUUGGGUCUCAGCAAGGCCAACGGCGUGGACACGCCGACGGAGAAGCGCAGCGCCGACAAGCAGAUGAUGGAUGCGAAGUCGGCGGCGUUGGGAGCAGCGGAAGCUUCGCGCUUCCGAUCCCUCACCAUGAGGGUGGCCUACCUGUCUCAGGACAGGCUGGACUUGGCUGAGGCAUCGAAGACGCUCGCCAGGUCCAUGCAGACGCCAACGGAGGCGAGCUGGCUCAUGCUCAAGAGGGUUGGCCGCUACCUCAAGCGGCAUCCUAGCACGGUGACGGUUUUCACGGAGCAGAAGACGUUCGACAAGAUCCGGGUGUACGUGGACUCCGAUCAUGCAGGCUGUGCAGUCACGCGGAAGAGCACCGGAGGCUUCGUGGCGAUGCUGGGGCAUCAUGUAGUCAAGCACGGCAGUAACCUGCAGUCGACGGUUUCAUUGAGCAGCGGGGAGAGCGAGUACUACGCCCUGGUGAAGGGCGGGAGCGUGGGCCUAGGCCUUCACAGCCUCUUCGCGGAUUGGGGGCUGGACCUGAAGGUGGAGCUUGCCUCGGAUUCAUCGGCGGCCCGGGGCCACGUCCAACGGCGAGGUCUCGGGAAGAUGCGGCAUGUUCAAUCACGAUACUUGUGGAUCCAGGAGCGUGUGGGCAAGGGCGACCUCUCGAUCGCUGCAGUUCCUGGCAAGAACAAUGUCGCGGACGUGCUGACCAAGAGCGUGGGACAUCAAGUGAUGGAGUGGAUCGAAUCCAUGCUCCGCUACCUGUGGGGCUGGAUGAG